CUGCUCGGGUUUACUUAUAGCCGAUUAUAGCACAUCUACCUAUGAUGUAACGAUGUAGACAUCGAUUGACGUUGCAACAGAGACAGAGAUUAAUAGCUCGUGCUGUUUCGUAAAUGAAUCCCCUACGUGAAAUUAAAAGGCAAUCCUACUUCUCUUGCUGUCGAUUUGGUGCACAUAUAAAACCAAGACAUCUGCAGCAAAUCAGUUAAACGUAUCGCAUCCACUGUUUGAACGUCGUCUGCUCAACUCCUAAACAAACGAAAUAAAAUGGAAUACAAGGGACUAUCACUUUUAGUCGUGAUGAUUGUUGCCACCUUAAUGGCAGAUGCUUUACCGGCCGUAGAUCCGAGAGCCGCCGACAUUACAGCAGUCAAAACAAUGGUUGACGAAUUGGAGACGGCAGCUAGCAAUAUCGAAGUAGAUUUCCGUGAUGCAGAUCCAAGGUGCAAUCCUUGCUCCAUCCAUUGCCCGUCAUCAUGUUGGCCACCCACAACAACCCCAACAACGACAACAACCACUAAAAAACCAUACUAUUAUGGUCAGACGACCAAAGGAUAUUACCCGACUAGUUCGACGAAACCUACUAGCCCGACGAAACCAACUUACCCGACGAAACCAACUAGCCCAACGAAACCGCCAACGUGUGACAACUGCCAUCCAUGUAAAUAUCCCCACCCAAUUUUGAUCGAAAUUUGCCUCGACGUCUUCCUUGUCAUUGGUCGUAAAUGAAUAGGGUAAUGAGAACAUAUUAAGUUCAUGUUAUUUUGAGGUGCGUUCUGGGAGGGGGAAAAACGGAUUUAUUUUGGUGGUGUUUAAUUUGAAUAAUUUCAUUUUCUAUGAGACCUUUUUUCAUUUUGGGCGUGGUGUUUUUCUUUGUAUCCGAAUCGGGAAUAAAUCAAUUUAAUUUCG